GGAUGACAUGGAGGACAUUCGCAUGCGUCUGCGUGUGGAGACAGGGCUGGUAGUUGUAGGGGGAGCUGACUCACAUCUGCGCCUCUCAUGCCAGAAGCGGCAUAUGGAAGGUGUCACACAGUCCAUGGUGGACAGAUGUAUUGUUGAUGAAAUUGGUGACUUCCUCUCUCACCUGCUGAGUGAAAGCAGUGGCAGCUCAUCCUCAAUUUACAGCCCUUGUCCCUCCCACAGUCACUAUGUGACUUCAUCCACUGUCUACCCACACUCCUCAGUCACCUCCUCCUUCACCAACCCCCUCCCUCCCAAGUCACAACGCAAGGAAGGGACUCGCAAAAGGAAGACAUCCACAGGCAGUUCCCUGGAUGGCUCUGCACCUCCUUCCCCUGCUAAGAUAUCCAGACCAAGCACACCCAUCAGCCUGAUGGGAGGUAGCCUGAAGAUUCCAGUGGGCGUUUCAGCUCUGUCAUCACCGGGCCUCGCAUACAGCAGUGGUGACUCCUCCCACACAACUCCAAGCACCUCUCCCUACCACCCCUCUGCGAGCCAUACCCCCCACAGUGACGGUUCCUCAGCCUCCAACCCUGGAACGCCCCGUACCACAGGUGGUAAAUACAAGUUGACAAGUCGCUCUUUGAUGGGGAAAAGACGACCGCUGCCGUGCCCGAAAAGUGCCAUCCGUAAAAAAGGAGCAUCGCAAAAUAUCUCCGGCAGCAACAGCAACUCCCUCAAGCGCAAAUAUACACGCAAGUUGGAGUCACGCCGUCAGCCGAAGAUGAAGAGCCUGACUCCAGAGCUGUCCUCUCUCUCCUCCUCCUCGUCCUCUGCUUCUCCUUCUGCAUCUGCAUUUUCUGUCGCUGCUUCAGGAGAUGCUUCAGUUUCAUCAGGCACACCGGAUGACACCUCUCCAACUAUAACUAGGGCAGUGGUGGGGGGGGCCACAAGAGACUCCUCGGGGAACUCCCACCCAACCUCCCCUGUCCCGUCUGCCAGCACAUCUCCUGUGGCCACUAUCCCACUGGGUACUCUGGCCCCCCUCUCUCGGCAGAAGUACCAGAGGAUCCUGCAGCUCUCGGCAUCACCACAGGAUGCUCCUUCUCCUUCAGCCCCCACCAGCCUCACCCCUUCCACUCUACCACCAUUGGAUUCCACCACCACAUUGAACACCACAACCACCACCACUGCCUCCACCAUCGCCACCACCACCAUCCCCAACAUUUCUUCCCCAAGGGGACUUUUCACCGUCCUUUCCGCUCCAGCCAACCCUCCGUCUUCCUCGGCCUCAGGUGAUGCCUCAACUUUCGACACUAGUGGCAAGUCUAGCUCUUCCUCCACCACCUUAGAGCCUACCAAUGAUGGCUGCCCAAUCCUGCGUCAGAGACUUAGUGACACCCCCAGUACCAACACACACAGUGGAAGUGGUAGCAGCAGCAACAAUGGCAACAGCAACAGCAACAGUACCAGUAGGACCAUUGGAGGAGGAGCAGGAGUAGGGGCAGCAGGUGGUCUAAUGUUAAGCAGUUUGACAGGAAAACUGUUAAAGGAAACACCUCCAAUGUUCUCUCCUACAACUGCUGUCACAACCACGGGGUCACUUGCUACAGUCAUCACCACGUCACCUAAUGCAUCUGAUGUGCAGGCCAGGAAGAUCGUGGGUAGCACCAUAGUCACACCUGUGGGCUGGAACAAGCGCGGUCGGCCAUCCACCAAGUCCCGCCCAAUGCUCCACACUCUCACCACCACCACCACCACCUCCACCACCAAACUUACAUCAGAUACUUCCAAGGGCCUGGCGAUGGGUGCAUCCCUGAGCAGCAUCAUGGGGCUGGGGGCACCUACUCCUGCAGGCACACAGGCAAAUGGGAAGAGCGGCGUCAUCAGCGUGAAUGGCAACAAGAUGGCCUCCCCCAUCACCACCUCCAUCCUGCUGUCCACAAGUGAGGUGGUCACAGACACCCAGGCUGCCUUGAGAGGUAGUUCUGUGAGCCCACGCGGUGGUGGUGCGGGAGUCAGGGUGUACUCAGGCAGCCCCAAGACAUCAGCUGCCUCCUUCCUUUUGACUAAUGUGACUUCUGCAUCCAAUGUGAGGAUGGCAAGUCCUUCCAUGGUCAUCACCAAUACCUUGGGUGUUCCUGCUGGAGGCUGUGCAACGAGUGCCUCCACAGAGCCCCUAUCCCUUAGUAUGAGCUCGGUUGUGGUGAGCGCAGGGGGUGUAAGCAACAAUGGGGGAGGCAUGGUGGGUGGAAGUGGUAGGGGAAGGGUCAUCUUGACCUCCAGUCCUCGUCUUGUGCGCCCUCUCAUGGCCUCCCCCGGUAGCCGCCCCAUUGGCAGCACGCGCAUGCUGAAUGCUACCACUGCCUCCCGCCCCACCGUCAUGUUGGUCACCACGGCCACACCUGGAGCUGCAGCAUCCCCCUCCAGUGCAACCCCCGGUACCCUCACCACCAUGGCCCUUACACCUGCCACCAAUGUCACAUCUCCCACACUCAUGGCCUCAAGCACCCCCAUGACAUCCUCUACCAUCCUGGCAGCUGUCUCCAAGUCACCUACCAACUCAGCUGUUCUGGCACAGUCAAAGUCAAAUCCCCUCACACUUGCCACCUCCACAUCGCUGCUGCCAAAGAGUAUGACUGCACAGGCAGCUGUGUCCCCAAAGGGUCUGGCCACUGCCCCAGCCACAACCACAAGGCCUUCUGUGGUGCCAGCAGGUGAGUUGGCUCUACUGGUAGCAGCAUCAGAGAUGAGUGAGCGGGCCAGGAACCCUGUGUCACCCACCACCAUGGCCACUGAAGCCAGUAUUCACAUCAUUAGCUCAGUAGACUCCUCUGGGUCUCAGCCAGAAGUUGCAGUCACUUCUCCAGCAUCCACAUCACAGUCCUCACCAUCAGCAUCGACAUCUGUGGCAGAUAAAAAUUGCAGCAGCACUGUUAGCAAAACUAGUGACACAAAGAAAACAGUAGUGACCAGUAGCCAACAGCAGGUACCAUCAACAUCCCAAGCCAGCACUCAGUGUAUUCCUGGUACUGCCACUACAACCACCACCACCACCACCACCACCACCACCCCGACGACCACUACAGCUGCCCGCACCACUGAGUCUUCAAGCAGUAGUAGCACCUCCUCUAAAACAUCACAGCAACAGCAGCAGCAGGGCAUUGUGACUAGGACAUUUACCCUGAGUGGAGGAAUCAGUCUAAGGUCAAGGCGUAGCAGCGGGCCUCUGGUGGUGGAGCUGGACAACGGACGGCAGAGCAAAUCGUCGGGCACCGGGACCUCAUCAUCCUCGAAGGGUUCUGCUCUUCGCAAGGGCCGAGGAAGGGGGCGUGGCCGGCCAAGGUCACACAUGUAGACCGGUGGAAUCUGUAAAUGUAUGGUCUUUGAGUGUGAGAGAGAGAAUAUAACUUCCCUGGUAGUAUGGUAGUAUGAAUGUGAAUAUGAAUGGUUUUAGAUGAAUAUUCAAAAUGGAUAUAGUAUGAUAUUAGACUGAAAACCAGCAAGUUCUAUAGUUAAUUGGUGGCCAACAGUCAAGAAGGAAAAUGUAUGUAAUUCAUUCUAAGGAAGGCAGUACAUUGUUUAUGUAUGUGUGUGUGUGUCUGUCUGUAUUUUUUCCUGAGAAGUACAUUUUAUGAAAAAGAUGUGGAAAUUUGACUUUGUUUAUUUAAGUGCAGAAAACUACUGUAGUAUACAGUUUUGGCACUCUUGUUCAGCCUUAACAAUCUUACAUCUGCUAAUUAAACAAGGAUUAUAUCAUCAUCUGUGUUAGUUGUAUAGCAUAACAUUAUGCAAUUUUUUAUAUUAAUCUAAUGUAAUUGUGCCAACAAGGUUGGUGUCAUAGUUGUAUUAUCAUUUGUAAGUGCAAAUAUAAAAUUUGUUUUGAAAAUGAACAAAUAUAUUGUUAAAUAGUUACUUUUUGUGUAACUGGUGUUCAUAAAAUGUUUAAGUUAUAA